AUGCCUAGCUACCGAUCUAUAGUCGGCAGCCUCGCUCACGAAGAGUCAUCUCAGAACGCCCUUGUCCAGCUACAACUUGCUCUGCAUGCUUAUCAUUUGAUCAUGGCUGCACUAUGCAGGCCCAUUUGUGGGGGAUCAGUUGUUCUGGAUCGACUCCGGCGGUUUGACUAUGUCUUUGGCCCUGUCAUAUUCGCUCAGCACCCGGGUACUAAAACGCAAAACAUCGCGAAUCAGCUUCUCCUGUUCAAGCACCAGGCUACACCGAGAACUCACCACUCUUCCUUCCCCUCCCAAGGUUGCGCAUCUUACGUCUUGUCGUGCAUGGUAUUGAAGCAUGAUCUAAACAUCGAACGAUGCGGGGAGCUACGGGAGUCACCUCUGCUUCCGCCUGCUUCCAACUGA